CUCAAAUACGUCCCUAUAGCAACUACAUCCAGUCGUGUUACGUCACUGCUGUUUUCAAUUGUCCACAUGACACGCUACUAAACCGAGAGCUGUAUUCUUCUUUGUACUGAGUACGAACCUUUGAUGGACCGUGGGUUGAAGCGCCGGCAGGUGAAGCCACUUGCUGCUUCUCUCUUAGAUGCCUUGGAUUACGACAGCUCAGACGACAGUGACUUUGAAGUGGGAGAUGCCUCAGAGUGUCAUAGCUGCUCCUCUUAUGGUUCUUUUAUGGCAGGAUCAGAUGGAACAGGCAAUGGCAGUGAUGAAGAAGGGUCCAAAGCAAGUGUUGCAGCCUCAGAAAGUGAUUCUGAAAAUGCCGCUUCUGCAGACGAUGGUAUAGAUGAGGAAGAGGCACACCUGGCUGUUGAGGACAACUUCACCGAAGAUGAAGAGAAAAUGAAACGGCAGCCUUCGUCAGACAGCUCCACCAAAGACACUUCCACUGUGACCCCACCUAAGGGUCGGCGCAAACCCAAGAAGCAGUCGUCAGACCCUGAACCUGCUGCACCUGCGAGCAGUGGAACUACCUCAGUAUCAGAGUCCAGUAACAUGAACACAGAAGAUUCUCAGGCUGAGCCCAAGAAAUGGAAUUUCCGCAGGAACCGUCCCCUGCUGGACUUCACAACAAUGGAGGAGCUGAACGAGAUGGACGACUACGACAGUGAGGAUGAUAACGACUGGAGACCCACUGCUGGGAAGAGGAAAAGCAAGGCAACUGCUCAGAAAGGAGGGACUGAGGAAGAGGAUGGUGGUAGUGCCAGCGAUGACGACGACAAUGAUGAUGAGGAAGAUGAUGAUGAGGAAGAUAAGGAAGAUGAUGGUGAUGACAACAACAGCAGCAGUGAUAGUGACAAAGAGGUGAAGAAGCCCAAGAAGAAGACAAAGAGCAGUGGUGCUUUUGAUGAGGAGCUGACGAAUGACAGCAUGUCCCAGGAAAAGGGCAACGAGGAUGCUUUGCUUGACCGAAUGCAGACUUGGACCUCUCAGCGAAUGGAGCACAUCCUUAUCUGCUGUGUUUGUCUGGGAGACAACAGCGAGGAUUCAGAUGAGAUCAUCCAGUGUGAUAACUGUGGGGUGACUGUGCAUGAGGGGUGUUAUGGCGUUGAUGGAGAAAGUGACUCAAUCAUGAGCUCUGCCUCGGAGAAUUCAACUGAGCCUUGGUUCUGUGAUGCCUGUAAGAACGGAGUGACUCCCAGCUGUGAGCUUUGCCCCAACCAAGACGGCAUCUUCAAAGAGACCGACGCUGGGAGAUGGGUGCAUGUGGUUUGUGCACUUUAUGUUCCUGGUGUUGCAUUUGGAGACAUUGAUAAGCUCCGACCUGUGACGCUGACAGAGAUGAAUUAUUCAAAAUAUGGUGCCAAGGAAUGCAGUUUUUGUGAGGAUGCUCGCUUUGCCAGAACUGGCGUCUGCAUCAGCUGUGAUGCAGGAAUGUGUCGCUCCUACUUUCAUGUGACCUGUGCACAGAGGGAGGGACUCCUGUCGGAGGCUGCAGCAGAAGAGGAUAUUGCAGACCCAUUUUUUGCCUAUUGCAAACAGCACGCAGACCGCUUUGACAGAAAGUGGAAAAGGAAAAAUUAUCUGGCCUUACAGUCUUAUUGUAAGGUCUCUCUGCAGGAGAGAGAGAAACAGCUUACUCCUGAAGCUCAGGUAUGCUGCAACAUCCAGCCAUUCAUAUCAGCAGUACGAGCCAAAGCUUGGACACAGGCCCGCAUCACAACCCGUCUACAGCAGUACCGGGCAAAAGCAGAGUUGUCCAGGAACACCCGACCUCAGGCAUGGGUGCCUCGAGAAAAACUACCACGACCUCUGACCUCUAGUGCCUCAGCUAUCAGAAAACUGAUGAGGAAGGCAGAACUGAUGGGUAUCAGUACGGACAUCUUCCCUGUGGACACAUCUGAUGCUAACACCAGCUUGGAUGGACGGAGGAAACACAAGCAGCCGGCCCUCACAGCGGAUUUUGUCAAUUACUACCUGGAGCGAAACAUGCGGAUGAUCCAGAUCCAAGACAACAUCUCUGACCAGAAGAGUUUAAAAGACAAGCUGGAGAGUGAGCAAGAAAAACUGCAUGUGGAGUACAACGAGCUCUGUGAAUCUCUGGAGGAGCUGCUGAACGUCAAUGGGAAGCUGCGGAGCGAAGGACAGGCCAUGUGGACUCUGCUGGGUGGCAUCCUGGGCCAGAAACUAAAUACGCCGGGUGUUCUGAAAGCGCCAAAGGAGAGGAAACCCAGUAAGAAGGAGGGCGGAACCCCCGGAAAGUCACCCAGCCUGCCAGCAAUCCUCUACAGCUGUGGGAUCUGUAAGAAGAACCAAGACCAGCAUCUUCUAGUUCUGUGUGAUACCUGCAAACUCUACUACCACCUGGGCUGUCUGGAGCCACCGUUAACACGCAUGCCAAAAAAGACCAAGAACAGCUACUGGCAGUGCUCAGAGUGUGACCAGGCCAGCAGUGAUGAGGCUGAUAUUGCCAUGGCGACCCUCCCUGAUGGCACCAAAAGGUCCAGGAGGCAGAUCAAAGGACCAAUCAAAUUCAUCCCACAGGAGAUGUCACCAGAGCCGAAGAAGCAUCAGCUGAGAGGAACGAGAACCAGGGGACAGAAGAGGAAGAGGAUUCCCAUCUGUGAAGACAGAGAGGAUAAAAUUGAGGAACCAUUGCCACGGGAACGCAGACAACGCCAGUCUUCACUGCAGAAGAAACCCAAAGCUGAUGACACGAGGACUGAAUGUACAACCUGCGAAGGACCAGGCGACAACGAAAACCUCGUGAGGUGUGACGAAUGUCAGCUCUGCUAUCACUUCGGGUGUUUAGACCCCCCGUUGAAGAAAUCCCCCAAGCAAACCGGAUAUGGCUGGAUCUGUCAGGAGUGCGAUACGUCCUCCUCCAAGGAGGAAGAGGAGCAGCAGCUGGAAGAAGGCAGCUCUGUUAAAGACGAAACAGCAGAGCAGGAGGUCCCAAACUGAACCACGUGAGGAAAUAAAAACACGUCCAGUUUUAGUACUCUACCAGCAUCCCAAAGUUACUAUGUUUGAAGACAUCCGGAGCUUCGAUUCCCCUUCAUAUAAUUUAGCAACCAGAGAAGCAACCUAUUUUACAAAACACUAUUUACAUGGUGAAAUGUUUACGUUCAAGAGUAGAGUGUGUACUUUUUACGGGUAGGGACCGGAACUUUUCAUGAACGCAGUCACAUGGUCCAUGACGUUUUCAGAUGCACCGCCGUGCUUCUUUUACAAUGCACAUUUUAAGUGUGUGUGUCGGGUGUUGCUGACCGGCACCCCUGGUGUGCAUAUUUUUAUUCACUACUAUUGCCACUCAGAGUGUCCUCAACGAGUUUUCACGGAGCAUCCUCACAGGAUGUCCUCACACAGAGUCCUCACAGAGCAUCCCCAGGGUGUCCUCACACAGUCCUCACAGAGCAUUCUUACAGGGUGUCUUCACAGAGAAUUGUCACAGUGCAUCCUCACAGAGUCCUCACAGAGCAUCCCCAGUGUGUCCUUACAUAGAGUCCUCACAGUGCAGCUUCAUAGUGCAACCCCAGAGAACGUCCUCACAGCUUGUCCUCACAGUGCAAACUCACAGAGUCCUCACAGAACUCAUCCAGCUUGUUCCCAUAGAGCAUCCUCACAGUGCACCUCACAGUCCUCACAGUACACCCUCACAGAGAGUCCUCACAGAGUGCCCUCACAGAGUAUCCUUACGAGUGUCCUCAGAAAGUGUCCUCACAGUGCAUCUUCAUAGCUUAUCCUCACAGAGACCUCACAGUACAACCUCACAGGGUGUCCUCACAGAACAUCCUUACGGAUUGUCCUCACAGAGCACCCCCAGUGUGUCCUUACAUAGAGUCCUCACAGUGCAGCUUCAUAGUGCAACCCCACAGAACAUCCUCACAGCUUGUCCUUGCAGUGCAACCUCACAGAGUCCUCACAGAGCAUCCUUACAGGGUGUCCUCGGAAAGUGUCUUCACAGUGCAUCCUCAUAGUGUUUGCCUACAGAGCAUGCUCACAGUGUCCUCGCAGAGCGUACUCACACACAGGUCUCACAGAGCGUCCACACAGAACAUCCUCAUAACACGUCCUUGCAUAGUGUCCUCGCAGAGCGACCUUGCAGAGCGACCUCACAGAGCGUUCACACAGGUGUCCCUCACAGCGUUUCCUCACACAGAGUCCUCACAGAGAGUCCCCACGGACAGUCCUCACAGCGCGUCCUCGCAGAGGGUCUACACAGAGCAUCCUCAUAACAUGUCCUCACAGCGUUUCCUCACAGAGCGUCCACACAGAGCAUACUUUUGUCCCAGCACACACAUCAGGGUGACGUCAGUGAUUAAAUGUUUUUCUGUGGUUAUAUAAAGUAUUCCAUGUGAUGUUUGACUGCAGCUGUCAUGAUUUUAUUUUUAUAUGUUAAACACAAUUUCUUACUGCUACCAUUUUAAAUAAAACUUUCCAGUACCUUUCAGUACUACAUACAAUAUUAUUUUAUGAUAUAAAGUAUUUUGUCACUGGAUUUGUAAUAAAGGCUUUCAAGUGCAACAUUUGGCAGACGUGUCAACUCAGAGAUUGUAUUUCCAGACGUUGUAAACUGGGACUCGUGUUGGGCUCUUUAUACGUCUUUGAGUGAGUCAAAAGAGUCUUUGACCUGAUGGUAGUCUGUGGUCCAAAACGGCCUGAGACGCUCUCAGACGAAGUGGAAUAAGUGGUGAUUAACCUGUGAACCUCAGAUAGUUAAACAAGUUGUUUUUUGACACUCGUACAUGAACAAAGCUGCAAAGAUAAAUAUGCCACAAACAAACUGAACUCUGCAACUCACAACUCCAAGAAUGAAGGUUUGUUGUCUGUAGGAUCAAUCAGUCACGAUGGAAAGUGAAGACUUUAAAGUGGGGUCGGAUGGAUUGGACGCCACGUUAGGAGACGCUGUACUUUAUCAGAGACAGCAGAUUAUUUUGAUAUGAACAGCGGCGACCUUCAGGCCAAAGCAGACUCACAGUAAAUCUGGAACUAUUCCUUAAAGUGCCAAUAAAUCUGACGUGCAAAAAAAGCUUCUUUGUCACUGAUACUCAUGCACAUUAAAAGUCUGAUUUCCCUUCA